CCUCCUCGAGUCAACUCAAAACUCGCACUACCUCCUUGUCCUUGUCUCUUGGCUGCCUUCCCGCAGCUUCGACAAGAAAGUACAAAAGCCCUCGACGACACCUCAUAUCGAAAAACCCCUAAAUCACUCUGCCACUCGGACCUCGAGCUGCCCCACCCUCCCAUCCAUCCAUCCUUCCUUCUAGCCUUCAAAAAGUCACCCUCGGAGGAUCCAGGAAGCCUUGUGUACCCCACAGCGAAAUCCCAUUGCCCCACAAUUCUCUUAGCCAACAGCUUCCAGCCCUUAGUGCUAUCUUGUAUCGCCCCCCGCCUGUCUAUCAGUCAUCAAUCCUCCCGCUGUUUUCCGUGCAGCCUCCGGACACCAGUCAGGUCUUAAACCCCCCCUCCCUCCCCUUUCGCACCCAGCACUACAAUGAUGGAGACUCUCGUCCUCCCCGUCUCUCCUCCACAACUCUCGUCAACCCCAAAUUCACUGUCCGAAUCAUCCUCUCCUGCCACAUCAAUGGAUUCACAGGGUAGCCCCCGAAGACUCCCAGCCUACCUGGACGCCUUUCGUGCUCCCACCGUCACCUUCAGGUCCGCACCUCCCAGCGGCAGCAAUAGCAGCAGCAAUUACCGCUCCGAAAUAAUCCCAAAUUCCCUCUAUCCAGCGUCGAGCGAUGCAGCGCAGGACGCAGCAAUGUCCCCGCGGACGAUGCCACUGUCCUUCAGCAACCUCUCAGUGCACGAAGCCGACACCGCCUCCACCAGCGGGACAUCGACAUCACCGUCCCGCCUGGCGGGCAGCCCCAUGUUGAUAUUCCGCAAAUCGUCGGUGCACUCGGCCACCUCGCACGCGCACUCGCCCAUCUACAGCACGUCACCCCUUCGCCACCGUCGCCAAUCCGUCGACUUUGCCCUGUCCCCGUCGAAUCCCAAAUUCUUGGCUCUCAACACGUCCAACCAGGAACUGCACGCCCCCAACGACAACGAACCGUACUCCCCAACGAACUCGGCCCACUCGGCCCACUCGGCCCACUCGUUCGAAACCGACCCCAUAUUCCCCGGAGGACUGGAGGAGGAGGGCGAGCAGAUCUGUCCGAGACACCAUCACCGCCAAUCGGUCUCUUCGACCAUCUCGAUAACCUGCUCCUCGCGGUCCCCGUCCGUCGUCUCGGACGACGAUGGCAACGCCGCCGCAGGCGAGGGAGAGAUCGAGGCCACCAUCCCCAUGGAGCCGAUGGCACCCAGCAUGCUAGUGCCGCUCGUCGACCGCAACGAGGAAAUGGCGGACCUCCUGGGCCACCACGCGAAUGCCGCGUGGGUCAAGCUCGUGCAGGGCACCAUCGGCGCCGACGUCUACAGCUCGCAGUGCGUGCCCCUGUGGACCGCCACGAGCCGUCGUGAGAUGUCCGAUUCAAAGUGGUUGAAGAAGUCCAAGAACCUGCUCGAGACCAAGGGCUGUGGCGGCAUCUGCGAUGGCAGGCUCUGGAACGAGUUCUGUGGCAUGGUCGGUUGGGAUAUGAGCUCGCCGCUUCAUGGUGAGGGGAGGGACGACGGGGAUAGGAUGCUGCGCAGCAGGGGCAGCCGCGAUAGCCUCGGCUCUACCUCUAGCGGGAAGAUGAGCUCCAUCAUUGAGGAGAUGGAGGAGGAGUCAUUGCACGCCGAGUGAUCCACAUCCACAUCACUGUUUUGAGUUUCUUUUCUUUUCUUCGAACUUGUUCUUUCUUCUUGGGUACCUGUUAAUCUCCUACCAUGGAAAUGUACGAUGAAUAUGUGAUUGUACCUUUUUCUUUUCUUUUUACCCUUUUUUUCUUUUUAUUUUUUUAUAUUCUUUUUUAUUUUUGGUAUGCGGCGUCCCUGGGUGUUUCCUUUUUUCCCCUCUUACCCUUCUC